UCACCCCUUGAACUUCACCUUGGCGGUGGUGGAGUAAUCGAGGCACAGAGGAUGGCUGAGACGGCUUCUCAGAGGAAUGGGGCUGGCGAGAACAGCGACUGUCUCCUUGGCUGCAUUCUGCUUGUAAAGGCAAAGUGUGCCAGCCUGACCAAGCCUUCGUUCCAGAAGAGGGCCCAGCAGAGGCGCUUAUUUGUGUUACUCCACACAACUGGAAGACAGAGUAUUCCCGUUCCUUCCAGUUCCACUGAAAUGGGUGAACGAGCCAAGGUGAGCACUGAGGUGCUGCUCCCGGGCUGGCGGAGGAAAGCUGCUCCUCCCUCACUGCUGCGCGGCAGACUGUCAGCGGCCCGCGAACAAACCAACCAGUUACAGAGCUCGGAAUUCACAGUAGGGCUGUGGUAGGACCGGCAGGGAAGUAUUGCAAAAUAGAUCCACUGCGCCUGGCCUGCCGAGCAAUCUCCAUUUCUUUGGGAAGGGAGAACAACGGAUUGUACCUGCAGGGUGGGGGGCAGGGGUGGCAGUGGAACUGAAGGUACCCACAAACAGGAGGGCUUAAAGGGCAAGCUGAUACUAAAAUACUUAAAUAACUUAGAGUUGUUUCAAGCGGUUUUAUAUUAAAAGCCACCUCUUCCAUCCUGACGUUCUGGGGAAAUACAGGCUAGAUAAAGCAGGAGACAUAACUGGAAAAAAUUUUAAAGCCAAGUAAACUUAAGUUUAAAACCCAACACACACAUACACACAGAAGCAGCUUGGAAAGAAAAGCUACUUAGGAUCUUUUAUGAAACAACUCAGAGUAAAAAUAGAGCCCGUUGGGAGGCCAAGGAAAUCCCGUUGCCUGGUGGAGGGCAGGGGAUUUGCAGGUGCUUCAGCCUGGCCUGGAAACCAUCACUACUGAGCAGAGAGAACAGAGAGGCCUCACGUGUGCUGUCUGCUUGCAGCUCUGAAAACAAAACCAUACCUUGAGCCCUUUAGAGACAACAGGCUUCUUCCUACUUAGAGGGGAGGCAGAAGACUCAGAUGGAUGUACUAGAAAAUGAAAACAGUUACCAUUUACGAUCAGAGUCCCUCCUAGGGAGUAGACUGCACGCCCAGACAGAGGUCGUCUGGUCUGGCCAGCCACCUUGAAGGAAAAUGCCUCGGGAAAAGCCUAAAGAGCUCUCUGCUAAACACUAUUGUCAGCUAAAAGGAAAAGAAAUCCCUUUUAAGGAUAUUUAACUUCAAUAGCUGCUUUUCUGCCAGGAUUUCCAGUUCCUCUGAACAUAAGGAGAACCACAGCCUGCUGCACGUAUGUCUGGGUCAUGGCUCCCCCCGCGGAGCUUCAGCACCAGUUGUUGGCCAAAAAUAAACACCAUUCCUCAACCAUAUAUGUCCACCAGCCCCGCGCCGGGGAGGAGGAGCGGGAGGUAGGUCAGGUCCUGGGCUGCAGGCCGCUCAGUGUGGCCGCCCUCACCAUGCACAUCACCCAGCUCAACCGGGAGUGCCUGCUGCACCUCUUCUCCUUCCUGGACAAGGACAGCAGGAGGAACCUGGCCAGGACAUGCCCCCAGCUCCAGGACGUGUUCGAGGACCCAGCACUCUGGCCCCUGUUGCACUUUCGCUCCCUCACAGAACUCAAGAAGGACAAUUUCCUCCUGAGCCCGGCGCUCAGGAGCCUCUCCAUCUGCUGGCACUCCAGCCGCGUGCAGGUGUGCAGCAUUGAGGACUGGCUCAAGAGCACCUUCCAGAGGAGUAUCUGCAGCCGGCAUGAGAGCCUGGUCAAUGACUUCCUCCUCCAGGUGUGCGACAGGUGCCCCAACCUGGCGUCCGUCACGCUGUCCGGCUGCGGCCACGUCACCGACGACUGCCUGGCGCGCCUGCUGCGCUGCUGUCCGCGCCUGCGCGAGCUGCGCCUGGAGAACUGCGCUCGCGUCACCAACCGCACGCUGGUGGCCGCGGCGGCGCACGGGCGCGCGCUGCAGACGCUGCACGUGGACUUCUGCCGCAACGUGAGCGCGGCCGGCCUGCGCCGCCUGCGCGCCGCGUGCCCGCGCCUGGCCCUGCGCGCCGAGCACAGCGCGGCCAUGAUCCCCGACCAGCCCCCGCGCGGCGUCCCUGCGCCGGGCUCGGCCCUCCGCAAGCUGCUGCCGCGCUAGGCCGGCCGGGGGCCCUCAGGCGGAAGGAGCGACCUGGCUUCGAACUAGCUCCUCCACCUCCCGCACUGUCGCCACAUCUGAGCCUCAGUUUCCCCGUCUGCAAAGCGGGGAUACGAUGUCUACCUCACAUGACGAUUUUAUACACAUGCUGAGCGCGAGAUUAAACGACCGGAGGCUCGGCGAGCACUCGGGCGGGGGGCGUCGCUAACCCCCCGCACCUCUCCCGGGCCGCCUCGCCGUCCUCCGGACCCUCCGCGGCCGCCCAGGGCUGUCAGGACCUGCCGGGAGGCGCGGGCACGAGCUUCCCCAGAGAGCGGCCUCGGGCCGAGAGGCCCCCGCCGGCGUUCUCGGGGCCCCGCCGGGGGCGCGCCCUUCCCGGGCGGGUGCGUUCCUAGGAGGGGCCGCACGCGCAACUCUAGAAACCCCGCUCGUUGAUGUGGUUCUUACAUAAACUGCAUGGUUAUCCUUAAUUUCUACCGUUCUCGUAGGAAAAAGAAAUCAUUUGAAAAACCCAAAGUAAAGAUUUCAACGUGAAAGCAGCAUCCCUGACUAAACCCUUUGACGAGGAAACCAGCUAAGCUGAUGCAAAGUUCGAUUUUACCUGCUGCUGAACGUGGGCACACGCCUGGACGUCAAUUUCAGGGCUUUAGUCACUGAUGUCCCCCUUUAGCCGCCAAAGUAAAGGCUCUCGGCCACCCAGCGGCCUCCUGGUUCCGGGAACGUGGGGCAAACUCCGGUAAGAGGGGAGGCAGGGAGCCCGUGAAGUGGUGGGCGAUGCUCCCGCUCCGGCUCCGCCCACCACCAGCUGUGACCAAGGCCCUUUUCCCACCUGGGGCCAGGUGUUUCUUCUUUGUGAAGGCGGAUCUUGAUCCCUACUCCCCUCAGGUUCCUUAAUUCGUUGCCCAAAUAUUUGGGCAACAGCAAGGAAAAAGGGACCUUCUAUGCUCCUGGAGCUUUCCUUCUUGUGGGGGAAGAGACAGUAAGUAGUGGUUUCUAAGAACAGCUUCCACAAGUCAAGAGCAUGAAGGAAAAUGAGAGAUUUCCAGCAAAGAAACAGCAUUUGUUAUAAAACAGAGGCAUCUCUGCAGAUUUUCCUUGCAAAGUCGAACCUCCUGAGAAGCUAUCCUUUAGGCCUGAGGGUGGGACCUGGAACCAUGAGCGUCAGCCUGCGGGGGGUGCCUCUGCCCCUCAGUCCAGAGCCAACUGUGCAGCAGAGGCCAGAGCCUCACAAAGGUCGAGCCAUUAUUUUGAUUUAAAAUAAUGUCUGAGACUGCAGAUAUCCUUCAGCUCAGCACACCCUCAGCCGAGCCCAGCAAGAGGGAAGAGCCACGUGUCAAGAGGAACCAACCCAAAAGGCCCCAUGAGACCCCUCUCUCGGCAUGGUUCAGGAUCUCAGCAGCACACAGCAGCCUAAGAGAAGUUCCCUCCUGGCCCAGAGGCCCAGGCAGUGCCUUCCCACCGCCACAGCGACUGCUUCAAGCCCAGAGCCCCCUACCACUGCUACUGACUGAGCUCUCAGAUCAAGUAUUAAAGGCUCCUCUUUGCCUGGUAUCCCCUGGAGUUCCUCAGAAGCUGCGGUCUCCCUCUGAGACUCAAUGCCAACUGAAACCUCUUUCCAAUAAAACUAAGAUGUCAUUCUAAAUAUUAUUAGGCAUUCAUCACUGGGAAAGAUCCAUGGCAUUAACUUAGCCAACAAAACUCUAUUUUUCUUCCAAUUUCUCUUUGAAAACACACCUGCCACCUUCCUUGUAGAAAACAACUUGCCUGCAAGGCACUCUGUCUGACACUUCAUUGAGCAGGCUGUCAGUCGUGAUCUCGCCUGAAGUACACUGGAAGCAGCCUGUGGCAGGAACUUGCUGAAGAUGAAGGAGACAAGCCUCCCAAGGGCCUUGCCCUCUUCCUGUUCCCACUCCCGGCAGCUAGAGCCUUCACAGUUGCUCUCAAGAUGGCCUUUUCUCUCAGAACCACAUGCUCAUUCUGACGUGCGUGAACAAACCAGCGUGUCGCCCAGGGCCCUCAACGGCUGGGUUUAAGCACCAAGAGUGUAACCCCUUCCUCAGCGCCCUGCACAAGUCCCCACCAUCCAUCAUUCAAGGAUAUAAAGUAACCCAUUAGUUCUCACAUUAAUUCGCAAAUCCACUCACUUAUUCAUAGGGUCACUCAUUCACACAUGCUAAGUGCCUGCGAGCAAUUGCUGUCCCUUCUGAACACCUGCCACUUGGCUGCUCUCCCUGCAGAGACAACAUGUUACUGUAAACUGCCCUGCUCUUUAAUUCCAUUACUUGUUUUUCAAGGCUGGGUCAGAACCGUAUGACUUUGGUUAGCUUCCUCCGUGCCUAGCAGAGCUGCACCCCAUACUAGUAUCCUGGGGCUUUUGAAGAAAGGCUCUUAUUAACAUGUUACACUGUAAGCCAGCUAUGGAAAAGGAGGAAGGGUGGUUCUGAGAAGAUGGCUGACUUCUGAGAGUGGCUCAUGCAAGGGCCCUGGAGAGAGAGAAUAAAGAGAGAGACCCAGGAUGACAGAACAAAUGAAAAUAGGGGCUUCGUGCCCCCAGGGGCUGCUAUACCCACACAGCCCUCUGCUGUGUCAUUUCCAAGCAAAGCCUACUCUCAGCGUCAAGGAAUAUUUCUGAUGGGUCAAAAGGGUGUCAGAGUGAGACUAGCCUGAAAGCUCGUUUUUUCUGGCAGAAGCUCCACUGGAGGUCACAAAAGCAGCCCAUGCUCUGGUUCCUGAAUCGGCUUUAUUUCUCUGCAUAAGGAACCCUGAACAGGCAAUUCAAAUUAAAACAAAAUAAAUAUAUGAAUAUUCAUGUAAAACUGUCCUUUCUAAUGAACAAUUAUACACAAUGUACAAUUUCAUGUUCACUGGGUGGGUUUACAAAAAUGUACCAUUCCCAACUAAAAAUGCACCAAAAUAGUUCCAUGCAAACUUAUCAAAAGUGACCAAAAAUAUGGAGGGAAAACCUGACUGAGAGCACUUUGUCUUUUUUUUGUACAAUCACAGAAAAAUAAAAACAUCUAAUUUCUUUGUUACAUUUAGAGUAACUAAAUGUGGCCACUGUUUAUAAUGUUGGUUUAUGUUCCUAAAACAUCUAUGUAGUUACCAUAAAAGUAUUAUCAACAUUAAAUUGGAAGUGAGCAUUA